AUGGCCGUUUCCGCGAAUGACAUCCAUAUCCGACACAUCAUGUUAUUUGAUUUUCGCGGUGGAUUAAGUGCUGCGGAGACCGCUCGACAUAUCAAUGGCGUGUAUCCUGAAGUGGUCACCGAUAGGACUGUACGGCGAUGGUUUCAAAGAUUCGGAAGCGGUAACUUUGAUUUGGAAGACAAACAAAGACCCGGUGCAUCACCAAAGAUAUCCGAGGAUAAUCUGGCAAAAAUGAUUGAAGAAAAUCCAAAGUUGACAUGUCAAGAGUUGGCCAACAUAUUUGACUUGCAUUACAACACAGUUUUGAGUCAUUUGCAUUCAAUUGGCAAAAGAUACAGAGCCGGGAAAUGGACACCACAUGAAUUGACACCCGAACAAAAAACAUAUCGUGUUACUGUCUGCGAAUCUUUGCUUUUACGUAACAACAAUUUGGCAUUUCUUGACCGAAUUGUAACUGGUGAUGAGAAGUGGUGUCUAUACAUCAAUGUCACCCGAAAAGGUCAAUGGUUAAGCAAAGGAGAAAAGGCAGGUAUUGUUCACUGGGAACUGUUGAAUGUUGGCCAAACCGUAAACUCGGACCUCUAUUGUCAACAAUUAGAAAGAGUCAAGUCUUCUCUGACUAAAUUGUGGCCAGCAUUGGUCAACAGAAAAGGUGUUAUCUUUCAUCACGAUAAUGCCAGACCACAUGUCGCAAAUAUUAUUCACCCACCGUAUAGCCCAGAUAUUGCUCCAACUGAUUACCAUCUGUUUUUGGCUCUUCAAAAUUAUUUGGACGAUAAUCGCUUCCAAAACAAAGAUGAGAAUUAUCGAAACUGGUGGCGAAUAUUAUGA